AUGGCCGAGGAGGCGCCAUGUUCAGAAACCGUCGCACACGACGACAUAUGCCCAAUCUGCCAUCUUCUCCUUUACGAGCCGGUUAGGACGCAAUGCAAUCACGUUCUCUGUGCGGCUUGCAUGACACAGUGGGCGGAAUCAUCAGCCACGACACAUAUUACCCCCUCCAACCUUGACCUCGAUCUCACGGACUUCGACCCGAACUACGACCCCGCCAGCGAUCUUUCAACUCUUGAAGCGAACUGUCCUAUGUGUCGAACUUCAACUGCGGCAUCGUUGGAUGCGGAGCUGAAACAGACGCUGGAAGCCCGCUAUCCCGUGACGUAUGCGGAACGAAGAACAGAGGAGGAAGCAGCACGAGGAGACCAGAGUGGAGGGAACGGAAUCGAAGGCAUGACUAUCUUGAUUGGGAACAGGCAUCGUCUCAUUAGGACUUCGAGGGCGGACGCUGCGAACAAGCAUGACUGGACCUUCUUUGUAAGGUUCUCAAGACCCGAACUCAUCCAGGAAGUGAGCGUUGACUUGCACCCAACCUUCAGGCCGCCCCGUCUCGUCCUCACGCAACCUCCAUUCGAAAUCCGCCGUCUCGGCUGGGGCUGGUUCACCAUCGAGGCCCGAAUCUUACUUAAAGAGCCCUACAGCUGGAUUACACAUGGGGCCGAUCAGAGAGCAAGGACCCAGAUGUUGAUGCUAGAGUGGACUCUGGAUUUUGAGGGCGAUGGCCAACAGGCGAGAGUGAGAGCGAGAAUUAAGAAGAUUGAUGGGGACCCGAUGGAUGUCGAUGAAAGGCCGAGGCCCGUAUACUGGCCGCAUGUAGAUGAUGAGAACGAUGAAGAUGAUGAAGACUACGUGGAGUAG